GCCCGGCCCGCCCACCCACGUGGGCCCUCGGGACUGCGGCGGGGAUAGCGUCAGGCCAUGGCUGGGGCCCGCAAGCUGCCGUUGGAGCAGGCCCUGGCGCUGGGGCCUGGCUGGCGGCACGCGUGCCACGCGCUGCUCUACGCGCCGGACCCGGCGCUGCUGUUCGGCCGCAUCCCGCUCCGUUACGCCGUCCUGAUGCAGAUGCGCUUUGAUGGGCGCCUCGGCUUCCCCGGCGGCCUCGUCAACUUGCAGGACACCAGUCUGGAGGCCGGGCUGAACCGCGAGCUGAUCGAGGAGCUGGGCGAGGCCGUGGCCGACUUCCGUGUGGAGCGCGCCGACUACCGCAGCUCGCACGCUGGGUCCGGGCCGCACGUCGUGGCCCACUUCUACGCCAAGCGCCUGACGCUGGAGCAGCUGGUUGCGGUGGAGAUGGGCGCCACGCGUGCCAAGGACCACGGGCUGGAGGUGCUAGGCCUAGUACGUGUGCCCCUGUAUACCCUGCGGGAUGGUGUGGGAGGCCUGCCUGCCUUCCUGGAGAAUUCCUUUAUUGGAACUGCACGGGAGCAGCUGCUGGAAGCCAUCCAGGAUUUAGAACUGGUGGAAUCCGGCUCUCUUACAGCCCGUAAGAUCUCCUUACCUCGCUAGAGGCAGCCCUUCGUGGACCCACGGAACCUGAGAUGAGGACCUUGGUAUUGGGGAAGGGAGGCAGGAACAGGGAAAGCUUUCUCUUCUGGCCCUGGGCCUGACAGAUGAUAACAGAUUAAAAAGAGAAGUAUGUGCAGUAUGUUUGAGCAGAGCCCCCCUCCCCCCCCCCCCCCCCCCCCCCCCCCACAGUAACUCAACAUCUGGAACAAAAAUCUGCAGCUCAUCUCAGGGACCUGGCACAUUCUCAGAGCCUGCCUCCUCUCCGUACGUUUGUACACACAUGGCAUGGCAGCCCCCAGACAUAUGAAUGUACAGUCUGUGCCUGCGCACAAGCUCACUCCUCCCCAUAACCCCCAUGUGCAGUUUAACAGGACGUGGCACAUGUGGGGCCUGGCUUGUCACCAGAGCCAUCUCCAUGUUGGAGAGGAGCUUCUGAACCAGGGCAACAUUUCUUCCCACACUCCUACAUGGCUAUUCUCCAGGGUCUAGUCCAGCCCAUGCUUGCUGGGGAGGACAGAGAAGCAGAGGACCCUUUUUCCCCUUGAAAAUGGUUGCAUCCUUGCCCGGGUGUUAGCAAAAGCGACAUACCCCUGAAAGGUGGUAGAGGGUCCUAACCAACCUCCUGGCCUCUCAUGAAACUGAGUGGAAGGGGUGAGAGAAAUGGUUUGGUCUCCUUGGUUGACCUUGGACUUGAGACUUAUGAGUCCUGCUGUAUCUCUUCCAAAGCUGUCAUCUAGGACCCUUUAGAUCCGGGACAUCCGAAGGGACCUGGUCUAGCCCUGGCUUACAGCUGAAGCACUUAUAGCUAAGCCUCAAAGACCUUCAGUUUUUUCAACAAACACUCUGAGGUAUUGGAGAUCUAGGGAUGAGAGAGCCAUAGCUCUUAUGCUCUACAGAGUUAAAGGGCUAAAAUGGCAAAUAUUUCAGGCUUCAUGGGCUACAUUGUCUUUGUAGCAUCUGCUCAACUCUUAUCAUUUCAUAAGUAUCGAUGAACAUAAUGGGCGGAGCUGUGUUGCAGUAGAACUUUCUUUGUAAAAGGAGGUGUCCAGCCUGAGGGCAGUAGUGUGCCAUUGCUUGCUCUAGAGAGGAAGAUAAGUAGUCAGUUUAAUUAUAUUGCCUAUUUACUUGUUUCAUGUAUGUCAGUGUUAAGAAGGAAAUAAAAGAUUGAUAUAGG